AAACUAUUUGCUCAAUCGCGCGUCACUUAACUCUGAUCAUGUGUUACCCUGUUACGUUCCUACUUUCCUAAGUGGUUCCACACAUCUGAUUGAUGGUCCUCCUUUAUCCGGGGACUCUGAGUUUGAUUUAAAGGAUAAAAAAAUAUGUGCAUUUCAGACAACGCGAGACUCAAACAUCUAAAAAAUUAUCAAUAAAUAAAUAAAUGCUUGAAAAUAAUACAUAUUUAAUCUACAUUAUUAACACAUUCAGGAUUAUUGUGUAACCAUCUGAAUUUGGUGGCUUUCAAUCUGUCUGUCUAUCCUUUCCAUGGGCUGAUCUAAUCUUGCCGAUAAUUUGCCAAAUGAAUGCAACGAAGUGUGAAGAAGAUAUUACCACUGAUUACAGACAAACAAAUUUAAUCAUUUCACACAAUAAUACAAAUGAUAAUACUUCAUCUACAUACAAAUCAUCCACUGCCAAGUCAUCAUCUACAUUAGGAUCAAGAAAAUGGACUACGAACACUACUAGCGACAAUAAUGGUACAAAUAGUUUUUUAACAUCUUUAUACACCAGAUGCAUUAGAAAUCCAAAUAGACGAAAGAAAAAACAUUUAGACAACACUAAGAACAACAACAACAACUUUAAACAUCAUUAUCAUCAAUCACAUUUUUGUUUAAAUUUCUGCCGAUACUGUUUACCGAAUACACCGUCAUCCACAUCAGCGUCAUCAUCAUCAUCAUCAUCAACAGCUGCUACUUCAAUUACUGCUGCGCCAACAGUAACAGGAAUGACAACAACACCAAGACGUAAAGAAUCGAAUAGUUUCACGUUACAAUUUCCAUUGGAUAAUAAGCAUUAUGAGAGUGUAAUGAGUUCUUCGUCAAACAACAAUAAUAAUAAUAAUCUUAAUAUAAAGACAGAUGAUAUUUCCAGUUAUAAAAGUAAAAAUACAUUUAUUUCAAAUUAUAAAAAAGCUUCGACCAUUUCUGUACCGGAUAGUUCCAAUCAAUCCAAAAGCAUUUCUGUCUGUAUGAAUAGUAAUGACACAAAUAACAAUAAUCAGAAUAAUAAUAAUGAAAUUGAUACUCAUAACACAUUUGUACAUAGGAAUAAGCAUCAAGCCACUGAUGCAUCAUUACCUCAUAACCCUGUUAAUUCUACAGAAUUCCAAAAGAAAGCAAACAUUAUGACGCCUGUUAUGACAACAUCUAUUCCUACAAUAACUACUACUACUACUAAUACUACUAAUACAACUAUUACAAAGACAACAAAUAUUCAUAAAAAGACUAAUCCAUCUGUAAUUAUUACUGAUAAUUCAGCAUAUUUUAAUGAAAAUCUAUUAGAAUUAUCAAAACUGCCAAUGUAUAACUCAACAAGUCUUUGUGAUAUAUGUCAAAAAAAUAUUCAAUUAAUUAGUCAAGAUAAUGAUCGAAUACUGCUUUUAACAAAUAGUCAAGAGAAAACUAUUCCAAUCAUUAAUACUAUUAAUAGUAAGGAUAAAAAUGAUACUACUACUACUACUACUACUACUACUACCACUAAUAAUAAUGAUAAUAAUGUGAAUAUGAAUACUCACCAGACUGAUGAUAUCAAAUCGAAACAAAUCAAGGAGAUAGAGUCAGAUAUUGAAGAAUAUGCAAAACAUGUUCAACAUAUUUUCAAUCAUAUCAAUAUGACACGAGAUCAAUUUUGUCAAACGAAUACAACAACAGAUAAUCAACAAUUAUGGCAUGCAUUUAAUACAGCCGAUUCAAGUCAAGCGAAAAUAUUUCGACCUACACAUCAUGAUAUUAAUUUCUAUCAUUUAGAUGAUGAUGAUGAUGAUUUGAAUAAUAAUACUAAUAAUAAUGGCGACGAAAAUGAUAAUGAUGAAGAGGACAAUGAUGAUGAAGAAGAACUAAUAGAAACUCAUUAUGAUAAUGUUGUUCACAGUUGUCGUAAACUUAUGAAUUUCCCCAAUGAUGAUAAAAUGGAUGCCAAGCGUAUUACAAAAAUUUAUCGAGAACUGCAUAAUUUACGUUGUCAAGUUGAAUCAUUCUCCUAUUUAAGUUGGCUUGGAUUGACCACAGAACAACCUCCCACACAAAAUAUUCUAGUACCUGGCUUGAAUGCACCAGCUCCAAAUCCUCAAAUGCAUUUGAUUCGUCGUUCUGAUGCGGAUAGUCGAAGAAAUAUACAAGAAUUUCAACGUCUAUGUAAAGAACCAGUCUCUAAAGAAGAUUUAAUUGAAUUACGUUCAUCUACAUUCAAUAAUUGGUCAAGAACAGAUGCUCAGUUGAUACGUUUAGUUCGUGAAAUUUUUCAAGAACUUGGAUUUAUUGAACAUUAUAAUUUACAGCUGCAUCGAUUAGAUUUAUGGCUUACUGAUAUUUAUCGACGUUACAAUCGUAUUCCAUUUCAUAAUUAUAAACACGCAUUUAUGGUAACACAAAUGUGUUAUGUUCUAAUCUGGAGUGGAAAUUUAAAUAAUCUACUCGAUAUAGAAGAUCAAAUGAUUUUGAUUGUAUCGGCCAUCUGUCAUGAUUUAGAUCAUCCUGGAUUCAAUAACGCUUAUCAGGUAAGAGCAAAAUUAUUGCCUGAAGUUAAACCAGUGAUUGUUCAACCAGCCUUGGAACAAUUAGCUUACUAUACAGAUAUGCAAACUAACGAAGAGAAGAAAACUAAUAUUGAUAAUCACAAAUCAGAUAAUGAUAAACAACACAGUGGCAAUCAUCAUAACAAUGAUGAUGAUAAUAGUAAUAGUGAUAAACAUAAUAUACCAAGUAAAACUUGA